CGGUAUAUACCCGACGGCAGGCGCGCCAGGCGUCAGUAGCCCGCGGAGCGUCGUGCGGUGAGGAUCGUCGCUCUAUCUGUCGCUGCCUCGACCACGCGCUAGACAUGUGCGUGCUCUCCGUCGUACGGCCUAGCUUUCAUUCACACUGACAACAUGGACUUUCAGAGUGCGAUGGAAACGUUUGCCGAAGCUUGGGUCGCCGCUAAUACCAAGUCUGCCGACGCUACUACUAAUGGUCCUCAGAGCCAGGCCCUAGCACUGAUUACGAACCGCGACUCCCGGACCCCCCCAGGGUCCCCGGCCUCUGUGAGGUGCAGCCCUGCACCGCCUCCACCACCGCCGCCCCCGGCCACUGCAACUCCGCCGUCCGCAUCCUCCUCUUCUUCCGCCUACCCUUCGCUUGUAGCCGAGGAUUCUAAAUCAGGAGGCAAGUCGCUGCCGGUUCACUGUAUCGUGGAAUCCAUCGCGACCCUCCAACAGUGGAAAUCUAUGAGAAGUUCCCGCAGGACGGUGCUGGAGACCGAUAGCUACGUCAUCAUCCCGGUCAACACCACUUUCCAGGACUUGGUCCAGGUUGCUCUGCAAAGGCUUGGCUACCCCAAGGACAACGCUUACUCUGCAAAAGGAUCUGUUGUUUUAAAGAACUGGAAGCCACUCAGUUUUGAUAAGAUCGCAGAGAGUCCUCUAGUCACUGUGGGAGAUAUCCUAGGGGAACUCACCACUGUUGCCACCCUUAGAAUACAAAUUUUCAGGCCAAGAACGAGUGUGCUGAGUGACAUGAAGGACAAGUUGCUGAGGCUGCUGAUGAUACAGUCCCAUGCCUUGCUUCUAUCCUCAGGCUGUCCUCUUGACGAGAUGACAAUGUCUCAACUGGUGAGGAACAAUAACAACUCUGUAAAUAUGUUCGAGCCGCAAGAAGAGAUGAGGCGAAAGUUUGACCAAUGGUGGUCCAUCCAACUGAAUCAGCAUUUGUCCCCUCGCCCUCGCUUCCAGUGGCACUCGCCUCCACCCCCUCCUCAUCACCUCCCCACCGACCCCGAACGCAAAUAUGAGCGCACACCUGAGGAUCGGGUCCACCCUGCCCUUCAGACGGUGCAGAACCAGUAUCCCACCCAGAAAACUCGGAUGAGGACUAGUUUUGAUCCAGAGCUGGAACUCCCCAAGUUACAGAGAUGGUUUUGCGAGAACCAGCACCCCAGUAGACAACAGAUCCAACAAUAUGUGAAAGAAUUGAACAACCUGGAGUCCAGGAGAGGCAGGAAACCCCUGGAUGUCAAUAAUGUGGUUUAUUGGUUCAAAAAUGCAAGAGCAGCCCAGAAGAGAGCUGAAGUUCGGAACUUAGCUCCUGGGAUGCACUGUCACCUGGCGUUGAAUGGAUACAAUAGCAACAGCCAGAGUCCCAGCUCUCCCGUCUAUAUGAUGAAGAGUCCCGGGAGUGUCCAUGAGGAUGAGGAGGAAGAGGACCUCGACCGCUCCUCGCCUUCUGGACCUCUCUCUCUUACCACUACCACCCGCAACACUCCCUCGCCCUCACCCAACCAGCUAGAAGGAGUGAAGCAAGAACCACCAGACCAGGAAGUACAGUCAGAUCGACAAUCUCCUACCAACCCACUGAAUAACAAUAAUAACAAUAACAAGAACAAAGAUUUGAACAACGAAACAUCAAACGAGGAUGAUGAUGAAAUGGAAGAUGUCGGUUCGGAAGGCGAAGAGAACAGUAAAGUGGGGGAGAACCAGAGUGUUGAGGAAGAGAACAGGAUACAAGCGUUCAGGAAUCCAGAGUCUCCAGACCUACAGCUGAUGCCGAGGACGUCAGGUGCCCCAGGGUUCCCGAUGGUUCCCCACUCAAACCCUCCCCCCUGGUUCAGUCAUAGUAUCAUGUACAUGAGUCAUUACAUUCCUAACCUCAACGUGGGCCAUAACCCACAGACCUCGCCCCAGAGCCUCAACCUCUCUGCGCUGGCCGAUGAAAGGCGGAAGCGCAACAGGACCUUCAUCGAUCCUGUCAGUGAGGUGCCCCGGUUAGAGCAGUGGUUCUCUCUCAACACCCAUCCUUCCCAUAACCUCAUUCUCAAGUACACAGAUGACCUCAACCGGAUGCCGUACCGACAGAAGUUUCCUAGGCUGGAAGAAAAAAACGUCCAGUUUUGGUUUAAGAACCGCCGAGCUAAGUGUAAGCGCCUGAAGAUGUCUUUGUUUGACUCACCCGAAGGCGGCCUUACAUCUCAGCAAUCCUACCACCAUCACCUGGCCGCUGCACUUUCUGGUGACAGCUACCAACCUAGAGACUGAACCCAGAAAUUGUCUGGAAACCUCACAGUAUUAUAACCUAUACAUUCCUUUGUCGCUACAUAUUUGUGUAUUUAGAUAGAUGUAAACAGCUUGACUCUGAUCUGUACCAAUGAACUUUGUGUAUAUGUUCCUUACACUGAAGUAUAGGAAAAAGUUUCCUAUAAACCAGUGCCCUAAAUUUGUUUUCAAUUCAUUAUGUUUCUUUUUAAGUUUAUUCAUUUCAAGUAUGUUCUCCAUUAAGUUUAUUCAUUAAGUUUUUCAAAUAAAAAUUCACAGCUCAAAAACAAUUAGAGAUGCUGACCUGAAAGUUUUUUCACUGCAAAAUUUGCUAUGUGAGAUUUACAGUUCACUGUGUUAUGCGUUCAUUACAGCCCACAAAUUAACAACUGAUUUGUAAAACUCAAAUGAAAAAAAGUAUAGAUGUUAAAAACUUAUUAAUUCUAUAAACUUAAUAGACGAAGAUAUAUGUAAAUAAAUGUGAAGGAAUUAAUGGUUUUCUUUAACAGCAUUAUGUUUCCUUAUUUAACAUGGAAUAAAGAGAAGUAAAACAAAAUUAUUUUCACUAAGUUACCCUCAGAUUUAAAAACACCCACCAUCCAUAUCAUGAAAUGGUAUACAAUGUCAUGAUUUUAUAAAUCAUUACUAUAAUGUAGUUAAUUAAUAAAUGCAUCAUUUCUGGCCAACAUCUCAAACUGUUCCCUAGCUAUGAAUUAUUACAUGGAAAACAAAAUAUUAAAAAAAAAUAAAAGCAAACAAAUGACAUAGGCCGAAUAUUUUUGGGAAAUUAUUUAUUUAUUUCAUUAAGGAACAUGGCCUUAAAGUUUCAUUAGUUCAAUUCAGUGUUAACCUGUAUGCAAUGUUAUGCUAGACAAUUGAAUUAUUAAGAGCUGAAAGUAAAGACUUUCAGUGAGAAAAUGCAGCAUAGAAAUUUAUAAAUAUAUAUAUUGAAACUAUGGGCUCUACAAUGAAGUUACUUUGUACCAAUAAAAAAGAAUGUUAGUUUUAUGUUACUUAAGCUUUAAUAUAUUGGCUGUUUAUUAUACUUUUGGUAAUAUGCAGGUACUUGUUAUGUAUGAUUUAAUUUUUGUGGAGAUCAAAUUGAGUUCAACUUGCACAAACUAUGGUACCAAUUAUGUAGUUUUGUGCAUCCCAAAUAUAUGAAAAAAUCAAAAUAUGUAACACAAAGAAACGGUUUCAUAUGAAAUAAAAUAGACUGAAGAAAAUGAAUCAUGACACCAUGUGAAAAUAACUAUUUAAGGAAAAUAUGAAAAAUCAUUAUUAGCUAUUGUCAGUUUGUAUAGAGUACUUUGAUAAAAAGCACAAACCUAUUUUUCUUAUUUGUUAAUGUUGGUUUUGUUGUGUUCAUUGAUUCAAUAAUCAAAAAAGCUGUCAAUUUAAGGAUGUAAACAGUAUGUUUGUUAUGUAUUUUUCAGUUAACCGUUCAAAGAAAAACAUAUUUACAUUAUACUGAAAUGCUCAGUAUGAAAUUAUUAAUUCAGUGAGCUAAAGCACAAAAUAGGAAUAAAGUAAUGACUAGCCCACUUUACGCUUUUCAGCAAGAGUCUAGCAUGUACUGUUGAUCUCAUUUACCCAAAAGAUAAAAUCUUGUCAGUAGGUUGAAUAAAAUUUUAAUGUAAUAUCUGUACAUAAUAGUGAUAAUUUAAUUGUUUCAGACAAUACUUAUAGUAAGUUUUUAUGUAUACCAAGUUGUUAAUGUUAAAAUUGUCACUGUUAAAACAAAACAAAAAAAAUUAUUAAGAUCUGCGUUCAGUUUUGUUGUGGUUUGCUUGAUUUUUGUUUGUUGAAUUUUUAUUAGUAUUUUUCUUUAGUUCGUUUUCGUUUUGUUUUCAUGUUACUAUUUUUCUAUUUCUAGUUUAUUACUCAGCAUAAUUUAAUCAAUAGAGUACUUUAAUACCAAUUUUUAAUAAGAAUGUUUUUACAGAUAUAAUUAUAGGUGGAAUUAAGUUACAUAUUUUAUACUUGUACUGUAAUACUGUGUUCAAAUGUAAAACCAAAGAUGAUGUCUACGCUUGUUGUCAAAGUUGUAUAGUGUAAAAGUCACUGUCAAUUAAUUACGUGUGUUUGUUAUGUUUGAUGGCAGUGCCACUGAAGUGCUGGACUUGGUCAUUUGGUGCUUGCUGUUUGAUUGAAUGUUUGUUUUAUUUUUUAAACGUAAACAAUAAAGCUAUUGUAUAGUACCUCAGUGUUGAGCGUUGUAUCUACAUAUUAUUGGUUUUAUGUUGUACAUAUGCAGUAAAGUUAUUUGGAGUUA